AGCAAUUAUAAAUUGAUCUAUUAUCAGACUAUUAAGUAACUUACGUUAAUUACAAUUUACAGUUUACACUGCGUUAAUUAAUUCAUAAAUGUACUGUACCUGGCGGGCAGUGUACCAUGUCGGCUAACAACGGGCAACACGACUGCGUGGAUAAUACUUAUUUGCCGUUUAACAAGGCCUUUGCAUAAUCCCAGUGUCAGGCUGUCAGCAAAACUCCAUGUAAAUUUUGUUGCCAAAAAGCGACUUGCACUGAUUAGUGGUGCUAUUUACUGCUUUUCAGUUUUACUUAAUUGAUUUGCGCAAGGCUGCUUCCGCAACGAUUCGCUGCACUCUAAAUGCUUACAGUAUUGUCAGAAGUUGUAAUUCUGCGCGAUUAUUGUGUGCAUUGUCAAAGUUGUCAUUGUGAGCGUUGUGUCAAUUACUUUGAUUGCAGCAACAUUUGCGUGUUGCCAAUUAAUUUUCCAGUGAAAACGCAGCAUUAUGCAUUCAUUUCAAAUCCUUCUUGCAUGCGUAAUUCUUCUGGGGUCUGCACCGAACAGCUUUGGGAUAGGCAGAGAUUGGCAUUUCCAAAAGGCAAUGACAUUUUCGCCGCUGCCCGAUUUCAGCACGGAACUGAUAACGCGCGAUCAAUGUGAGUUGCAGUUCACCGCCCACUGCGGAGUGCGCUUUAACAUUGGCAACUCCUUCGCGUGCGCCCAGAAACAGGGACUGGCCAUCAACUGCAGCAGUGAAGCCUCAAACGAGGAAGUACAGCAACUGGCGCUAGCGUUGUCCAAGCCGCCACUCAAGGCGGUCUUCGUCAGUCUGAAUGAUGGACCCCAAGUUGCCUUUGAGAACUUGGCGCCAGUGCGCGAACAGGCGGUGGUCUUCCAGCUGCACAACUGCCGUUCUCCGCGCGCCACCAAGAACCUGGCCCAACUGCGGCUGCCGCAUUUGCUGGAAUUCAGCGUGCAUCACUGCCGCGCCUUGGACGUCAGACGAGCCGACUUUUGGCAGUCCGCCAAACUCCGACUCAUCCAGUUCGCUAACUCCACGAUAGAAUCCCUCGAAGUUGGCACCUUCGCGGAUUUACCGGGAUUGCGUCUGCUGUCGUUGGAGCGCGGAAUCUUAGAAAUGGAAAUUUUUCAAGCAGAUAUUUGGACCUAUUUAGUGAGACUGCACUGCGGCUGCGAGUUCAAGCACUUCCGGCGCUGGUUUAGUAUCAGCGGACUAAAGCAAUACGCGGACGAGGGGGAAAUAUACCGCAUCGAGUACGACUCUUGGCGCAACGAGAACCUGGGAUUUAACGAUGUCUUUCUGCCCAUCGACUGUGCCGAAGCACCAUUUCCCAACAGAGACGUUGUUCUUCAUACUAAUCUGUAUUCGUUUUCGGUUAACGAAGACCUUUACAAGGAAGAAUUCCCGGAGCGUUGUGAAAACAACACAAAAACCAGCGACGAGUUUCCUACGUUUUCAAGCGAGCCGAUGACUCAGAAUGAAUGCACCGCACUGCGUGAGCUAACUCAUUGCAGUUGGCUGCGGCGGAAUUACCAGUCCUGCGAGGAGCAUUGGCCUAGAGGACAUAUUCGGUCAAAUACUAGUUGCACUACUUACGAAGAUCAGGUGCGGGAGAUACGUCAGCUGGCCAAAGCCAUGGCGCUGCAGCCGCCACGACCGGCAGGAUGGACCAUUAAAGGUGACCUUCCCAUCACACCCGCCGACUUAGCACCCCUUCGGCGGACCAUCGUGAGGUUCGACCUCGUUCGAUGCACGAGCAGUCGCUCGACGACCAUAGCCAGGGAUUUCCAAUUGACCAGUCUGCUGGACUUUGGAAUUUCAAAAUGCAACGACCUGAACGUGCAGCGCGACGACUUUCAACGCCUUUAUUACUUGCGUAUGCUAGUGUUUUCCAACACCACGAUCCGCAGUCUACAGUUGGAUGCGUUCGGUUAUUUGCCCGCAUUGCGGUUGUUGAGUCUGGAACACGGACUGUAUUACACGAAUUUGUAACCGACACGGGAUUUUUGACCGCGAAUUCGCGAUUACUUGUGGCGAUUGCAUUGUGGCUGCGAUUUUGCCUGGUUCCGACAAUGGUGGACUAACAACACGCUGCUCUUGCACGAUGGCAACCACGAUGAUGGCGAACUGUUCGCCAUAAAGGACUACGAAAGCAGCUUUCCAUUUACUUGGGAACGUAUUUUUCUGCCUAUCGACUGUUCGAAGCCGAUUCCGCAGGGUGCAGAAGGCAUCAACCGUACCGGAACCGCAUUCUCUCGCCAUGUAAAGUCUUGCAUUGCAUAAUAGUGAGUGCGACAGCGUGGUGUUUGAAAUUUAGAACUUCGCUGCUUGUUAAU